AUGUCGUCCACAUCCCAAAAGCAUAAGAACUUUGUGGCAGAGCCCAUGGCAGACAAGCCUGUCACGGCUCUGGCUGGCAUCGGAGAUGUCCUGGGUCAAAGAUUGGAAGAAAAAGGAUUUGACAAGGCGUAUGUUGUCCUGGGCCAGUACCUUGUGCUAAAGAAGGAAGAAGAGCUUUUUAAUGACUGGUUGAAGGAUACCUGUGGAGCCAACAGCAAACAGCAAAGGGACUGCUCUGGCUGUCUAAAGGAAUGGUGUGAUUCAUUCCUAUAA